AUGGUAUUGGGUUAUCUAGGUAUAUUGGGUAUUGGAUUGGGUUAUCUAGUGAUCGAAUAUUGCGCUGUCUGGGAUUUUUGGGAUGUUUGGUAUUUUUGGGAUGUUUGGGGUUUUGGAGAUUUUGGGGUGUUUUGGGAUUUUUGGGAUGUUUGGGAUUUUGGGGUGUUUUGGGAUUUUGGGGAUGUUUGGGGACGCUGGUUUUUGAAUUAA